AUGGAAAUCUUCGGCACAAAAUUCUACAGCAGCGGGGACAGACACUGGCGAAGGAAGAGAUACCAAAAGCUACAACAAGAUGGCUCAAUCCGCAACAAGAACAUCCGCAUCGCCAGGCUCGGCGGCGACAAUUCCUCCUCCUCCUCCUCGUCGUCGUCCCGCAAGCUGGCGUGGAGGAUCAAGGUGGUGCACAAGCUGCGGCUGAGAAUCGUGAUGGCGGCGCCGCUGAAGCUGGCGGCGAAGCUGAAGAACGGUUACCUGGAUUUGAUGGUCAGGCUGGCCGGGAGCGUGGGUUACUUGAAUACCAACCUGGUGUUCGGCAACAGAAGGGUUCCCAAGGCCAGGCACGUGAAGAGCACGUGCACCAACGAGGAGUUUCGGAACAGGAUCAUCUACGAGAUGUUCAAGAACAUUUCUGCGGCUCAUGAAUUGAAUCCCAUGUAG